AUGAACUAUCCACCACCAUCCCAUAACGGUCAAUAUCCUCCACAGUACCUGCAGCAACCACAACAGCAACAUGUUCAGCCACAGCAGUUACUGUAUAGCAAUGUCGAUCCAAAUGCUUCGUCAUACGAUUAUGGCAAACCUAUCGCCUACCCUUCGAGUAUAAUCUCGCCAUAUUCGCCCUACGGACAGGCGUAUAGUCAGGAACAACACCAGCAUCAACAACCAUCACAUCACCAACAACAGCAGCAGCAGCAGCAGCCGCAACAGCAAUAUGUGAAUCCGUCCGACGUGUUCCAACAACCGCUUGUUCCUCCUAUCAUCCAUGGCUCGACCCAAUAUGGCGCCCAACCUGCGGUUCCUGUUGCGGGCAACAGCAACCGCCCCUCUGCUCCCGCGACCGCAUCGACAUCUUCGCAAUCGAUACAAUACACGGCUCCCAGCCCAAGCCAUGGGAGCAAUACUUUUGCCCAGUAUCCUCAGGUUGCCCUUCCUGCGCCGUCGACCGCGACAUUGAAACCAGCCGCUGCAGUCGUCGCUGCACCGUCUCCUAAACUGGCUCCUCCGAUACCGUCUCCUAAACCCACCCCUCCUGUUCCAUCUCCUAAAGUCGUCCCUCCUAUACCAUCUCCCAGGCCGACCCCUUCUGCAUCAUCCUCGAAACCUCUUCCUCAAGUCCUGGUUCCUCAGGUUCUUGUCCCUGCGCCUUCUUCCGAAGUCCAACAGAAGAUUCAGCGCCAGAAUCCGAAAAAGCAAACGCAACGGCAACACACUCAGCAAUCUCCGCAGAAACAGACCAAGCCUCCGAUUGACUACCAAGUCCUGCUGUUAUGCCUAGCAGACGAAUAUCUCAAUACGGCCCAUAGUCAGGGGACUCUCAUCGCUUUAUCGGGACAGGAAAUGGAAAUAGAGGAGUAUUAUAAGCUGGUUGCAACAGGUCUCGGCUGUCUAGAAGCAGUGUUGAAGAACUGGAGGCUACAGCCGCGAAUGGAAGCUCUUGUACGGCUGCGCUAUGCGCGCGUUUUAUUCGAGGAGACGGAGAAUGAUCUCGAGGCCGAGACAGCGUUAAGCAAAGGGAAUCGCAUGCUAGAUUUAAAAUACAGUAUGCAACAUCUUCUGGCAAGAAUGCUACACAAGAGCAAUCCGAAAGCUUCUUUGAAAGCUGUGGAUGGCAUGAUCCAAGAUGUUGAGGCAUAUCGCCACCUGGCAUGGGAGUAUGCCUUUCGCUUCCUCCGAAUAUCUCUCUCCCUAUCGUCACCUGCUCAGCAAGAUUCAGUCUCUGCGCUACAACAUCUUCAAAAAAUAUCGAACAUGGCUAAUCGGCAAGGCGAUAAAGCCGUGGCGGCCAUGGCUGCUGUGAUUCAAGCGCUUGCUCACUUGCAACAUGGGACGAGCUCUGAUUCAAUCGAACAAGCCCAACGCUCGGUGGCAGUGGCUAGAAGCCAUCAGCUGAACGAUGAACUUCGUCAUAUACCACAACUGUCAACUAUGGUCCAGAUGGUCGACAUCUGCUGCAGUCUACUGGAAUAUGACAUCAAUCAGUCCUCGCAAAAGUUGAAAGUCAUGCAAGAUUUAAUGGACGAGAGAUUGAGCGACCCAAAUUGGCGUGCUGAUGGAUCGUUUUCUAUUCCCUUGAGCGGUAAAUCAGCUGGACCUUCCUCUAUUGAUACAGGGGACAUCCUUCAGGUGCAGAAUGGAACGCUCCUCUUGAGCUUCAACUGGCUUCCGCAGCAUGAUCUCUACGCCCUCUGCUAUUUCCUCAGUUCGAUUACUCUCAGUUCUAAGAAUUCAUAUGAUGGCCGUAAAGCCGAGAAGUUUCUCCAGGAAGGCAUCCGCAUGAUCAAGGGAAGCUUCAAAGCACCGCAUGAAAUUGCCGAGUCAAUGGUCAGUGCAAAUAGACGGGUCGAAUGGCGGCGAAUCUUGUACUGCAACCUACUUCUCCAGCAGGUCUUUUUGGCCUGUAGUCGCACAGACUGGGAGCUGGCGAGCCAAACACUAAAGGAGCUGCAUUCCAUUGCUGAAGAAGUUGGGGAACAUCUGCCCGAUACGAUUCGAUGCUUAAUGGAAUAUGCAACAGGCACGAUCGCGCAGGCAACUGGCGAUUUGAAGACUGCUCUUGCCAUUUUCCAGUCACCUGGCCUUCUACUAGCGCCGAACGCUAGCAAGACCUCACGGAACGAUCCUCAUCGUGAUAUCGCCAUCCUCGCCACCCUGAAUACGAUUCUCAUACUUCGGGAUCCCCACCACCCCUCCCAUUCCCAUCUCCCUAGCGUGCUGUCUCUCGUCGAACCCUUCUGCAAAGGCAGCCCGAACAGGUACAUCCAGGCCGCUUAUUACCUUGUGUGCGCGACAGUACAGACAGAGUCGACUAUCCAGACGAAACAAUUCCUUCAACAGGCUCUACAAUCAGCCACAGCGAUUAGCAAUAGCCAGAUCACCUGCAUGACUUUGACCUUCAUGAGCUGGAAGUAUUUCCGCGGCGUAGUGGGUGAGCAAGCGGAGAAGAGCGCUCGUGCGGGACGGGCAAUGGCCAAAAAGGCCAAUGAUCGAUUAUGGGUCAGUGUCACCGAUGAAAUGCUCGCGGAGACGCUGGAGAGACAAGGGAAGAGUGAAGAGGCGAAGGGGGUUCGAGAAGAGGGUCAUCGCGUGAUGACAGGACUACCAUCGGCUCUGAAACGACAGACAUAA